AUGUGCUUUUUUGUUGUUGUGAAAAGCUUGCCUGUCUGUCUGUCCGUCUAUCUAUCUAUCUCAGUCUGCUCGAAUCUAUCUAUUUCAAUCUACUCAUAUCUACCUAUCUAUACAUUUAAUAUACUCAUAUCUAUCUAUCUAUCUAUCUAUCUAUCUAUCUAUCUAUCUAUCUAUCUAUCUAUCUAUUUCUAUCUACUCAUUAUCUAUCUACUCAUAUCUUUUUCAAUCUAUCUAUCUAUCUAUCUAUCUAUCUAUCUAUCUAUCUAUCUAUCUAUCUAUCUAUUUCAAUCUACUCAUUAUCUAUCUAUCUAUCUAUCUAUCUAUCUAUCUAUCUAUCUAUCUAUCUAUCUAAGAGGUGAACUGAAAAAGAAACUCUCUCAUAUUUGUUGCAUCUUUCUUUGUUCAUCUUUCUCUUGCGUUCAUCUUUCUUUCUGUUUUACUUCCCUUCCUUCCUUUCUUCAUUCCUUCCUUUUUUUUCUUCUUUCCUACUUUUCUUCCUUUUUUACUUCCUUCUUUCGUUUCUUUCUUUUAUUUUACUCUCUUCCUUCCUUCCUUCCCUCGUUCCUUCCUUUUUUACUUCCUUAUUUCUUUCCUUCCUUUCUUCGUUCGUUCGUUCGUUCAUUCCUUUCUUCGUUCGUUCGUUCAUUCCAUCUUUCCUUCCUUCGUCUGUUCGUUCGUUCGUUCCUUUCCUUUCUUCCUUUUUACUUCCUUACUUCUUUUCUUACUUCCUUCCUUCCUUCCUUCCUUCCUUCCUUCCUUACUUCCUUCCUUCCUUCCUUACUUCGUUCGUUCCUUCUUUCCUUCCUUCCUUUUUUCCUUCCUUUCUUCCUUCCUUCCUUCCUUCCUUCCUUCCUUCCUUCCUUCCUUCCUUCCUUCCUUUUUUUCUUCCUUCCUUCCUUCCUUCCUUCCUUCCUUCCUUCCUUCCUUCCUUCGUUCGUUCCUUCCUUCGUUCCUUCCUUCCUUCUUUCCUUCGUUCGUUCGUUCGUUCGUUCGUUCCUUACUUCCUUUUUUACUUCCUUCCUUCCUUCCUUCCUUCCUUCCUUCCUUCCUUCCUUCCUUCCUUCCUUCGUUCGUUCCUUACUUCCUUUUUUCCUUCCUUCCUUCCUUCUUUUUAUGACAGACUAUAUGUUCCUAAAUUUUUUGUCCUCUUUUUUACUGGCUUCAUUCAUAGAUAUUUUUUUUCUGCUUAUAGCCAUUUUGGCUUGCUUUCUAUCUUUUUCAUACAUUGUUAUCUUUUUCAACUUUCUUUCAUUUGUCCUUUUUUUCUUUAUACUUCUCGACACUAGUUUGUUGUACUUCUAUCUAUCUAUCUAUCUAUCUAUCUAUCUAUCUAUCUAUCUAUCUAUCUGUACAUGUCCCUUCAUUAUCUAUCUAUCUGUAUCUGUCCCUUCAUCUAUCUAUCUAUCUAUCUAUCUAUCUAUCUAUCUAUCUAUCUAUCUAUCUAUCUAUCUGUACAUGUCCCUUCAUUAUCUAUCUAUCUAUCUAUCUAUCUAUCUAUCUAUCUAUCUAUCUAUCUAUCUAUCUAUGUCUCUUCAUUAUGUAUGUAUGUAUGUAUCUAUCUAUCUAUCUGUACAUGUCUCUUCAUUAUCUAUCUAUCUAUCUAUCUAUCUAUCUAUCUGUCAUGUCUCAUCAUCUAUCUUCAUUAUCUAUCUAUCUAUCUAUCUAUCUAUCUAUCUCUACAUGUCUCUUCAUUAUCUAUCUAUCUAUGUCUCUUCAUUAUCUAUCUAUCUAUCUAUCUAUCUAUCUAUCUAUCUAUCUAUCUAUCUAUCUAUCUAUCUAUCUAUCUAUCCACGCCUCUUCAUUAUCUAUCUAUCUAUCUAUCUAUCUAUCUAUCUAUCUAUCUAUCUAUACACGUCUCUUCAUUAUCUAUCUAUCUCAUUCUCUUCAUAUCUUUCUAUCUCAAUUGGGGAGAGGGCCUGCCAACAUCGGCCACUUAUGCUGAUGUCCAUGUUUUUCUUUCUUUCUUUCUUUCUUUCUUUCUUUCUUUCUUUCUUUCUUUCUGUAAAAUCUUCUAUUCCUUUUUAUUUCACAUGUCCUCUCUAA